UUUCAUCAUCUAAACUUUUAACUAGUGAAAUACAAAUCAUGGCUACCACUAUCAAAUCACGAUUUCCACUUUUGUUGUUGCUGGGAAUUAUAUUCCUGGCCUCUGUUGUUUGUGUCACUUAUGCCAAUUACGAUGAAGGUUCAGAACCUAGGGUACCGGCACAAAGAGAGAGAGGUCGCCAAGAGGGUGAGAAAGAGGAAAAACGCCAUGGAGAAUGGAGACCUUCCUACGAAAAGGAAGAAGAUGAAGAAGAGGGACAAAGAGAAAGAGGUCGCCAAGAGGGUGAAAAAGAGGAAAAACGCCACGGAGAAUGGAGACCUUCGUAUGAAAAGCAAGAAGAUGAAGAAGAGAAGCAGAAAUAUAGAUAUCAACGUGAAAAGGAAGAUGAAGAAGAGAAGCAGAAAUAUCAAUAUCAACGUGAAAAGAAGGAACAAAAGGAAGUUCAACCUGGACGUGAGAGAUGGGAAAGAGAGGAAGAUGAGGAACAAGUAGACGAAGAGUGGAGAGGAAGUCAACGUCGUGAAGAUCCCGAAGAAAGGGCAAGGCUAAGGCAUAGAGAGGAGAGAACAAAAAGAGACAGACGCCAUCAACGUGAAGGAGAGGAGGAAGAAAGAUCUUCAGAGUCACAAGAACGAAGAAAUCCCUUUUUAUUUAAGUCUAACAAGUUUCUAACACUCUUUGAAAACGAAAACGGCCACAUUCGUCUCCUUCAAAGGUUCGACAAACGUUCAGACUUAUUUGAAAAUCUCCAAAACUAUCGUCUUGUGGAAUAUAGAGCCAAACCCCACACCAUCUUCCUUCCUCAACACAUAGAUGCUGACUUAAUCCUUGUAGUCCUCAGUGGGAAAGCCAUAUUGACAGUGUUGAGUCCCAAUGAUAGAAAUUCGUAUAAUCUUGAGCGUGGUGAUACCAUCAAACUUCCUGCAGGAACAACCUCUUAUUUAGUUAACCAAGAUGAUGAAGAAGAUCUUAGACUGGUAGAUCUUGUAAUACCCGUGAAUGGGCCUGGUAAAUUUGAGGCUUUUGACCUAGCUAAAAAUAAAAACCAAUACUUACGAGGAUUCAGCAAGAAUAUUUUAGAGGCCUCCUAUAACACUAGAUACGAGACCAUAGAGAAGGUUCUCUUAGAAGAACAAGAGAAAGAUCGGAAAAGGAGACAACAAGGGGAAGAAACAGAUGCAAUAGUCAAAGUGUCAAGGGAACAAAUUGAGGAAUUGAAAAAGCUUGCCAAAUCAAGCUCAAAGAAAAGCUUACCCUCUGAAUUUGAACCAAUCAACUUGAGAAGCCACAAGCCAGAAUAUUCUAAUAAGUUUGGCAAGUUGUUUGAGAUUACUCCGGAAAAAAAAUACCCUCAACUUCAAGAUUUAGAUCUAUUUGUUAGUUGUGUGGAGAUUAACGAGGGAGCUCUAAUGUUGCCACACUACAAUUCAAGGGCUAUAGUUGUACUAUUGGUUAAUGAAGGAAAAGGAAACCUUGAACUUCUGGGUUUAAAAAAUGAGCAACAAGAGAGGGAAGAUAGAAAAGAAAGAAACAAUGAGGUGCAGAGAUAUGAAGCUAGAUUGUCUCCGGGUGACGUUGUUAUCAUUCCAGCAGGUCAUCCGGUUGCCAUUACUGCUUCUUCAAAUUUGAAUUUGCUUGGAUUUGGUAUCAAUGCUGAGAACAAUGAGAGAAACUUUCUUUCAGGCUCGGACGACAAUGUGAUAAGCCAAAUUGAAAAUCCAGUAAAAGAGCUUACAUUUCCUGGAUCUGUUCAAGAGAUAAAUAGACUAAUAAAGAACCAAAAGCAAUCUCACUUUGCAAAUGCUGAACCUGAACAAAAGGAGCAAGGAAGCCAGGGAAAAAGGAGUCCUCUGUCUUCAAUUUUGGGCACUUUUUACUAAGUAAUCAGUAUGAAAAAUAAUACAACACGUAUGUAUGAUGUAAGUGUUGGAUAAUAAACUAUGAAAAAUAAGGAGGAAAAUGUAUGCUGUAAGAUAUAGCUAGCUCAUAAUGAGCUAAGAAUAAAUAAAGGGUCAUGUAACUCUUGCUUAUUGA